AUGGAGGUAGCUGAAAAAGCAGAAAAAUUAUUAGAUGUCGUUCCACUUGCGUUUAUAUUAGGAUUUUACACGGAUAUUGUCUUGUAUCGAUGGUGGAAAUAUUACAGCAAUAUACCUUACCCCGAUAGAUUAGCCUUUUUAAUAUCCACACAUAUCCAUGGCACGGAAGAGAGACCAAGACUUAUAAGGAGGACAUUAAUGAGAUAUAUUAAUUUGACAUUUAUAAACGUAUUCAGAAAUUUGGCGAUUUCCACAAAAAAAAGAUUUCCUACAUUGGAUCAUUUAGUGGCCUCAGGCAUCUUAAUUGAAAACGAAAAAAAGAUAUUGCAAACAUUUGCUCCAGGAGACGUGUGGUGGACUACUUUAAUAUGGUCAAUAGCAUUAGUUAGUAAAGCGCGUUCCGAGGGUUACAUAAGAGAUCAAUAUAGCUCAACAGGGCUAAUAAAAGAGCUAAUGAAAUUGAGAGGAAAUUUAGGAAGAUUAAUGGGGCAGGAUUGGAUAAGCUUUCCAUUAGUUUACACACAAGUUGUGAUGAUGGGAGUUUAUUCCUUUUGCAUAUUGUGUUUGUUUGGGAGACAGACAUUUAUGAUACCAGGUGUUUCUGAAAUGAAUAAUGACGAUGAUACUACAGUCAUGAUGACGCAAAAUAUAAUUGACUACAGUGCUCCUUUUCGAACAUUAUUGCAUUUCACAAUUUAUAUCGGCUGGCUUAAAGCAGCUGAAGUAUGUUUAAAUCCUAUGGGCGAGGAUGACGAUGAUUUUCCUAUUAACUGGUUAAUAGAUAGAAAUCUUUACAUAUCUUAUAUCUUGAUUGAUGAAAUGCACCAAGUAUGCCCACCAUUAGUGAAGGAUAAUUUCUGGGAUAAAGAACUACCUCAACUUCCAUAUAAUCAGGCCACUAAAAAAUUUAAAAUUUUUAAGCCAUUUGAAGGUUCUGCUGCAAAACUCAUCAUUAAAUUAAAAGAAUCAGCAUUUUUAUUUACUGAUGUCAUUCCAAUAAAACAUCAUUUUAAAGUUCAUACUGAUAUUGAAAGUGAAAAAACGACGAAAAAUAGAGAAACCGUAAAUGAACACGAUAUCUCGAAAAUUCCGGAUAAGGCUGAAUCUGAAAAGGACAGGAUAUUAAAUUUGGAGUCGAAUUUAGCAGGCCAAGAAAAAGAAGUCCCAAAGACUCCUGAAAAAUUACUCGAAGAUGAUUUAUUAUUCAGAUUUUCAAUGGAUAAAACUGGAAGCGAAGAAUCAUGAAAACAAUGCAAUUUUAAAGGGAC